CAGCAUAAGGACUAUGCAUAUGGAAAUGGGUCCUUCAAAAUUACAAAAUUAAUUUUAUUUUCGUAGUUUCAACACUGAAGUUUGAUCAAGAUCUGAGAAAAGCAAGAUUGACUUGGUUGUCAAUCCCUGCUAAUCACUUUCAUUUCAAAGCCGUGGAGCCUGAAUCUUUCCAUUUAGUGAAAACCAUCACAAGAAGCCAUGGAGAUGAGAAUGGAUUUUCCCAGAUUGGUUUUCUUCGCUUAUACCAUUCUCAUACCACACCUUGUUGCUGUAACAGUAGCCCAGCCUGACCUGGUCUACCACAAUUGUUCAGAAAAUGUUGGUACUUACAGCAAUAACAGCACCUACCAGUCAAACCUCAACACCCUUCUCUCUACACUGUUCUCAUACAAAGAAAUCAACUAUGGCUUUUACAAUUUCUCCGUCGGCCAAAGCCCCAACGAGGUUAACGCAAUUGCCCUCUGCAGAGGAGACAUCACACAAGAUAAGUGCCACAGUUGCCUCAACGACUCCAGGCUUCAGCUCCCGCAGCGCUGUCCCUACCAGAAUGAAGCAAUAGGAGGGUAUGAUGAAUGCAUGUUACGAUACUCCAAUCGGUCCAUAUUCAGGACUCUGGAAAUUUUGCCUAGUUUUUAUGUUCCAAACCCGAACAAUGUCUCCAAUGAAGAUGUGUUCAAUCAGGCGCUGAAGACCUUGUUGGACAGCCUCCGAAGCAAAGCUGCUUCGGGCAAUUCGCUGCUCAAAUUUGCGACAGGAGAAGCGACUGGCACUGGUGAUAAAAGGAUAUACGGGUUUAUGCAGUGCACUCCUGAUCUAAAUGAGUCGUCUUGCAGCAGUUGUUUAGAAGGGGCUAUUAAUGAUGUUCCAGCAUGUUGCGGUAACAAGGAAGGAGGACGAAUUUUUAAGCCCAGUUGCAGCCUCAGGUUUGAAACAUUCCGUUUCUAUGAUUUUACAGCGGCUAACACGCCUCCACCUGCAACAUGGCCACCUUCCUCACCUUCUCCUUCGGAUAACCUCACCCCACCCUCCCCAGCCAUUGUUACACCUACCAAAGGAAAGAAGAGUAACACAUCCCGGACCCUCAUCCUCAUAGUCGUUCCCACGGUUAUUAUUUCAGUGUUAUUGAUCAGCUUCAUCUGCUUCUUUUUAAAAAAGAGGAGGCCAAGGGGGCAGUUUCUAAGUUUUGAGGGUGAAACUAGAACCCUGGAAUCCUUGCAAUUUCAGUUCAGCACCAUUAGAGUUGCAACAGACAACUUCUCUGAUGCUAAUAAGCUUGGAGAAGGUGGAUUCGGCUCUGUUUACAAGGGUAGGCUUUCCGAUGGGCAAGAAAUAGCUGUUAAGAGGCUGUCUGCUGGUUCUAAACAAGGAGAACAAGAAUUCAAAAAUGAGGUGCUGUUAAUGGCGAAGCUUCAACAUAGAAAUUUGGUUAGGCUACUGGGUUUUUGCUUGGAAAGAUCCGAAAGACUUCUCAUCUAUGAGUUUAUGCCUAACUUAAGCCUCCAUGGCUUCAUAUUUGAUCCAAUUAAGCAGACACAAUUGAAUUGGGAAAAGCGUUACAAAAUCAUAGGAGGCAUCGCUCGAGGGCUUCUUUAUCUUCAUGAAGAUUCUCGACUUCGAAUUAUUCACCGUGAUCUCAAAGCAAGCAACAUUCUAUUAGAUGCAGAGAUGAACCCUAAAAUUUCUGAUUUUGGGAUAGCUAGAUUAUUUGCAGUUGAUCAAACUCAAGAGAAUACAAGUAGAAUUAUGGGCACCUAUGGAUAUAUGGCCCCAGAAUAUGUAUUGCAUGGGAAAUUCUCAGUUAAGUCGGACGUAUAUAGCUUGGGUGUGUUGAUUCUGGAGAUUAUAAGCGGUCAAAAGAAUAAUUGUUUCCAUGUUGGCGAGAACACUGAGUAUCUUCUGACCCACGCCUGGAUUUCUUGGAGGGAAGGAACAGCAAGCAGUAUGAUAGAUCCAACAUUAAGGGAUGGCUCAACAAGCGAAAUAAUGAGAUGUAUCCACAUUGGGUUGCUAUGUGUUCAAGAAAAUGUGGCUGAUCGACCAACAAUGGCUUCAGUAAUGCUCAUGCUAAAUAGCUACUCUCUCAAUCUCCCAAUACCUUCACACCCUGCAUUUUUUUUACGUAGUAACAUUGACCAAAACAUUUCUUCGGGGCUGGAGCAUAAUUCAAGGUCGACUGAUUCUGAUCUUUCCCGAAGUAGUAGUCCUAUUAAUUCUCAAUACAUACGACUUGAAAUGAUGAAAAGAAGGGCUCUAGUUCUCUUAUACACAGUUUUCUUUUCAUCAAACUUGCAAUUUUCCUUGAUGGGUUCCGACUUGUUUAGCACCAGAGCCUUUCUAUUGUUCUUGAUCUCAAUCUUUAGCCUUAUCGUCUUCGCCAGUGGGCAAUUAUCAUACCUCUACAGCUCUUGUGGCAGUGAGACACCCGAUGGGGAUUACAAAACUAAUCUCACUUCCCUCUUGGAUUCUCAAUCUUCUAAAGCUUCCACCUACACCUUCUACAAUGAUACCUUGAACCAAAUCUACAGCCUCUAUCUAUGCAGAGGCGAUGUUAACGCUACUACCUGCCAGAGUUGUGUGAAAACUGCAGGCCAAGAAAUCCAGGAGCAGUGCCAGUAUAAUAAAACAGCUAUCAUAUGGUAUGAUGAAUGCAUGUUACGUUACUCUAAUGAAGACUUCAUUGGAACUAUGAACACUUCUCCAGGCUUCUUAAUGUACAAUGUGAACAACAGAACUGAUUCCGGUGAAAGGGAUGUGGGCGCUCUAUCUUUGAUGGAUCAGCUGAGGGGAGAAACUCCAUAUUCGGAGCUCAUGUUUCAGACAGAUGAGAGACCGUCCACAGAUAACGCGUCUCUAAUUUUAUAUGGGCUGGCGCAGUGUACUAGAGAUAUCAACACUACUUCAUGCUAUAACUGUUUAUUUGACCUGUCGUCGAUGAUCCAAGAGUGUUGCCAAGAGAAGGUAGGAUGGCGUGCUCUGGGUCCAAAUUGCAAUAUAAGGUAUGAACGGUACCGCUUCUAUGAUGAAGUCUCUGCUGAUCCACCCGCACCUGCGCCUGCUCCCGAUAACCCAGGAGGGGGAGGAAACAACACCAUAAAGAUCGUGAUCAUCACUGUAUCAGCAAUUGCAGGAGCUGCAGUUGUCUUGGGUUUCUUCCUUUAUUUUUCAUUCUUUAGCAGGAAGAGCACACGAGGGGAGCAGAAAAGUGAAGAAAUUCUGUUAAAUGUGUUGGACCGUCCAACCGGCACACACUUUAUGGAAGGGCAUAUGCAUGAUCAAGACAACUCUGUAGAAACUUACUACUUCAAUUUAACCACCAUACUGGCUGCUACAAACAAUUUUUCUGAUUCCAAUAAGCUUGGAGAAGGGGGUUUUGGCCCUGUUUACAAGGGGAAGCUGCUUGAUGGAAGGGAAAUAGCUGUUAAAAGGCUUUCAACGAAAUCAGGACAAGGUCUUGAGGAGUUCAAGAAUGAAGUUAUGUUAAUCAUUAAACUUCAACACAAAAAUCUUGUGAGGCUGUUGGGUUGCUGCAUGGAGGGAGACGAGAAGCUCCUGGUCUACGAGUACAUGGCUAAUACAAGUCUUGAUGCUUUUUUGUUUGAUCCAACAAAAUGCAAGGAACUAGACUGGGAUAAGCGAGCAGCCAUUGUUCGUGGAAUAGCAAGGGGGAUCCUGUAUCUUCAUGAAGACUCUCGUCUCAAAAUCAUCCACAGGGAUUUGAAAGCAAGCAAUGUUUUGUUGGAUGAGGAAAUGAAUGCAAAGAUCUCAGACUUUGGCACUGCUAGGAUUUUUGGCAGCAAGCAACUUGAUGCUAACACCAACAGAGUGGUCGGUACAUUUGGAUACAUGGCACCAGAGUACGCAAUGGAGGGACUAUUUUCUGUGAAAUCUGAUACUUACAGCUUUGGAGUUCUAUUGCUAGAAAUCUUGAGUGGGAAAAAGAACAGUGGAUUGUAUAGCACGGAUCAUUCCCAAAACCUUCUAUCUCAUGCAUGGCAGCUGUGGAAUGAAGACAAGGGACUUGAAUUUAUAGAUAGGAACUUAGUUGACAAAUGUCCUGUAAGUGAGGCUGUCAGAUGGAUCCAUAUUGCUCUGCUGUGUGUUCAGGAAGACCCCAAUGAUAGACCACCCAUGUCAUCAGUUGCUCUCAUGCUUGGAAGCAAAUGGGUCAACCUUCCCCAACCAUCAGCACCCCCCUUCUCAGUGGGAAGAUCUUUCAUGUCUGAUCUAUCUUCAACAAGCGGGUCGGGGUUAGGUUUUCUCAUUUCAGAUCAAUCAUCCACUAGUGCCUCUGUUUAGUUCGGAGGUUCAUUGCAUCAUACUUGAGCUCAUACCAGUAUACCAUGAUUCAUAAUUUCAAUUUCAGGAACACAGUGAUGUACCAAUAAGAUAGAAUAGCCUGCCACUUGACAGUGCAAUUUUUUUUCUUGGUUUUUUCCAGUGGAUCAGACCAACUUUUGAAUAGGUUCUACUGAAAUUUUCUCACCAA